AUGAGUUCUGGUGAUGGCUUGCGGGUGUUAAGAUUUAUCAGUCUGAACCGCAGAUGCCAGACCACCGCCGUUUCCAAUGAGGAGCUUCAGUGUCUGGAGAUGGCCUCCCCGGACAGCACCAUCGGGUGGAAGAAGCGUGUUCUGAGAGUAUCAAUUUUGGUUGGCUCUAAAGCGGAGAAGUAG